AUGUCUACAGUCCGGUCUUUAGGCCUACACGAAUCCUCGGCCAUUCCUUUUCUCGUUGCUGAGGGUCUUCUGCCCCCCGAUCCGUCAGAAAACCUCUACUCAUGGACGACAUCCGUCGAUACUAGGCCGGGCGGCGGUGCAGUGGAGGAUGAGCUAGUAUGGACAAAGAGCUGUGUGGUCUGGUCCCGGGCUGGAGUUAUCAAAAGGGUCUUCCGCCUGGACAUGGAGAAGGAGGAUAUUAAGCAUGUUCUUUUGACAAAUUUUGCCGUGGGCAAAGUUGAACGUUCCAGUGACAAGUCUUCGUCUGCCACAUCAUCGCACAAGUCGAACAACCAUGCAAGUCACUUACCCGACGCACCACCAGUCGGGACUACAGAGUCAGGAUAUGGAAGAAAAGGACCCAGCAAAACCGCGUCGCGCGCAUUGGUUGUUGUUCUGAAAUCUCAAGCCCAUAUAUUUUCCCUGGAGGGCAAUAGUCAUGUGGUUCCUUUGCCCUUCGAGGUCGACUCUGUGUUUGCGACACCUCUCGGUUUACUCUUCCAAAGAAAGAUCGCCGAAGACAAUAAUCCCAGCCAUCCAACGGCACCACCGAAUUCAUUCAUGUCAUUCGCACAGGACUUUCGUGCUUCUCAAUCUCUCGAGCAUGUAUCUGGUAAGGCGCAACGACCAUCACUGAGCACUAUUCCAAGCCAAAGCCCUGGCUGGAAGUCACGAACAAACAAGCGCGUGGAUUUGCCUAGGGUGUUCUCUCUUAUGGAUCCACAUUCAGAGAUGGGUCUGGUGGUAACUAAUCAAGCCUCUCGAUGGGUACAGACGAGCCUUUCGAGCAGACCCUCCGGAUUUGAUGUCCUAGACCCCGCAGACGAGAUUAUCUAUGUCUCUCCCAAGGAUGAACUGUCAGGGGCGUGUCGAGCUAACCCAAACAGCCCCCUCAUACUCGUGUUGACCGUCAAUACCAACACGGGAUUGUAUACGCUUUGGACUGCGCGCUAUCGCGAGGAUGAGACAGGCCCAUCUUCCAAGAAGAAAAGACGUCGCGAGACCGGUGGCACUCGGUCCAAGAGACGCAGUUCUCAUUUCGGAAUGACCACAGGAACAACCACUCCCGGUGCACGCCCACCAGCCGCAAGGGAAAGCUUUGGCCCAAGAGGUGAUAAUUGGAAUGCGUCCGUCAUGUCCCACUCCCGGUUUUCGACUGAGGGAAAUCCAGAAGAUGAUGAGGAUGAUUUUGCAUCCAAAUUGGGCCAGGACUUUGGAGAUAUCGGUGUUCCCUCGAAGACCUCCAGGCGAGUUAGCUCAAUGCUAGCUCGUACUGACCUAGCUACGAGUCAGGAUAGGAUAACAUUCUCCGAUCUGGCAACGGGGAGCCAGUCAAGCACAAUUCAUCCAGGUGGUCUGCGACAGUCGAUAGGUGCGGGGAGCACCCGCGCAAGCUUAGGGUUCAAUCCGAGAGGCUCUUUACCACCGGGGGCUGGCUCUAUUUACAGUACUACGGGAAGCUUUGUGGAUGCCCCUGUUGACAGACUACUCGAAGAGUUAAAUAACGAGAAUCUGUUUGAAGGGAUCGAGAAUAUGGAUCUGAAGGAAUCCGCUUCGGGGCUCCCCGAGGAGGUUGUCUUGACUAAGGUGGAAAGCUUUUCCUCGAGGUUCUCCGGGAACUUUCUUGCUCCCUCAAAGCUGAAACCAUCUAAAAAAUUGAAAGUCGUCACUCUAUGUCCGACUGACUAUGCAUCAGCGCAAAUUGGGGACUUGACCUCGAUGGCCCUUUAUGUGGUGGACCAAGAGGCAAAAUCUAUGACUGUUGUCAACAUACGCGCGGAGAGCGUUAGAGUUCCGGCGAAAGACACGGUAUUCUCGAAGAGGUCAAAGAGUAAGACAUCCAUCAAUGAGCGCACGUUACUCGUAUCCGCAUACGGUAGUAUUCAACACCUCUCGGGUGUAUUGGAUGUAUGCAAAAUCGUCGAUGGGGAAAUCUCUCGCUUGGUAACUCUCAACGUCGCCGACGGUGGGGUUCAUAUCCUACAUUUGCAAACACCAUGGAAUGGCCCUGUAGUCCUCGGACUGCCUACAGAGUUCAUGCUACACGAAACCGAUGCACUUUCCUCUAUCAUGACCAUGAGUCUCCCGCGAGAAGGCAGUAUGAAACGUGUUAUGACUGAUUCCUCAAUCACACUGGUCGGCCUCGAUCACCCUGCCGUUGAUGGGAAAUUUGACGUGGUGGACUCCGCGAAGCGAAGGCAUAAGGUUCGUGUUCAAUUGGAGCCCUCCAAUACCUUAGUUCGAAAAGCAUUCAGUGUGUGCAGAUUCGCUCUGGCCGGUUACUUCCAUGAUAGGGUGGCCGACGGGCUUCUAGUAGGUUGGUGGGAAACUCUGACAUGGCUCCAUGAGCGGGAAACAAGCGAGAACGACCUCGAAUGGACUGCUCUAGUAGUGGUUCUAUUUUCACUGGCUACCCCGUUUAUUGAAAGCGAUCAAUCUCCGAAUACAACUAGGCAACCCCGCAGAAAGAAAGGCCUGCUGAGGUCCAGCAGUGGUAGUUAUGCCGAUACAGAGAGUUGGGAAUCAAUGCUCGAUCAAGAAUCAGGCUCGGCCGGUGUCGUGGCCCCGUGGAUGAAUACUAGCUCCUGGGGCUGGAUAAUUGAGCAGGAUGCCGAAGAUGAAAGCACCGCGAGCCAUGGAACAAAGCCGUUGAACACAGAACAGUCGUCUUCUAGUCGAUCAACCUGUCGCAAAAACACCUAUCUCAUAAGGUGCACCGCUCUAGCUAGGGAAUUUCUACAAACCCCACGGGGUAUUGUAGCGUUCGGGGCGGACGGUCCGCUUCGAACGGCACUUGCCAACAGUGAACAUUCCCCAUACACCGCAAUCUGUACUGUCCUCGUCGCUUUACAUCUUCUUCGAGAAGAACAGAAACUAUCAGCGUGCGAUGACGAACAAUCACACAGAUCUCUAGGCCUUCUCGCCCCAGUGUUGGCCCAGCUAGGCGGAUGGAUAGGGUGGCCAAACUGGAAUUGGGCAGAAAGCUCAUAUUAUGGCAUGGAAAUUGCGAGCAUAAAUCGUUGGCAAUUUGAAAACACUCGGAUGAGUUUAGGGACAGUUCCUGUGGAGCCUCUCAACCCUCCUUCGGUUUUCGCCUUUCUAGAGCAUGCCUGGCGGGGACAAUCUACCAUGUUCUGGAGUUUACUCAAUCUCGUCCAUUCUGACGAAUAUCCAAGAAGAGGAAAGCUAUGGCAGUGGUGCUAUACUUUAACCCCGCGGACAUUAUCUCUCGAUGGGUUCGUCGACGAAAUGCGCAGUAAAUCAAGUGUCCUUCAAAGAAUACAGCUCCUUCAUCGUUGGGGGUUGACGCGAAGUGUCAUCGAGACCUUUCCGGAGGGUGUUAGCACUCCCUUGUAUGAGGCUAUUCUACAGUCACAAACACAUGCCACUACUUUAUGGAACCCGACGCUUUUGGGAUUGGUUGAUCGAGACGACCUCAGCAUCUCAAUGGGCCAUUUAAGCGCCUCUCGUCCUCCACCGCCAUCAUUACCCAUCAUCUCUCACGAUGCCCUGCGUGACUACCACCAUAUUGGUAAUUCGGCUCUGGAAAUCGAUACCAUCAAUUCUUUUGAAGCUUCCGCUGAAGCUGACCGCUUCUCCGUUACAAAGCUCAUCUUCCGUGACGACAAGCGUUUCAUUGAAGCAGCGCGAUUACUCAACCAAUCCAAGGCGCCUGCAGCGGAGUGCACCCCUGAGCCUGAAUGGACUGAUUCGGAUUUGCUAGAGGCUCAGAAAGAAGUAGUACAAUUAGUUACCAUGCGAACGCUGUCUAUUCCUACCGGACGAGCCAUGCUCGCGUUUAGUGGCCGCCUUCCUCUUUUGACCGAGAAACUUCCGAUUCCAUCGUUCUCACUACAGUGCGUGAUGAAGCCUUCAAACGUGACUAUAAGCGCGGAUAGGGCUUCCUUCAGUGAGGAAAAGGUCUGUUGGGCAUUCUUUCACAAUGGCGUUUCUACUGGCCUUGCCAUCUCUAGAAAUUCCAAGGGAAUUGAUACAUCGUGGAUUCUCUUCAACAAACCUCAAGAAUUGACGAACCGUCAUGCUGGCUUUCUUCUCGCGCUGGGUCUCAACGGCCAUUUAAGGUCGCUGGCUAAAUGGGUGGCUUUCAAAUACCUGACUCCAAAGCACACCAUGACAUCGAUCGGUUUAUUGCUUGGCCUAUCUGCAUCCUAUCUAGGAACAAUGGAUACCCUGAUCACUCGGUUGCUGUCUGUUCAUGUAACGCGGAUGCUCCCACUCGGGGCAGCAGAGCUCAACCUGUCGCCAUUGACACAGACCGCUGGGAUCAUGGGAAUUGGUCUCUUAUACUGCAAUUCCCAACAUCGGCGGAUGAGCGAGGUCAUGCUCUCAGAAAUUGAAAACGCAGAGGCAGAAGAAGGCACCGCAUCUCACGAGGGUCUACGUGAUGAGGGGUAUCGCUUAGCUGCAGGGCUGUCGCUUGGAUUCAUCAACUUGGGCAAGGGCAAGGAUCUGAAAGGUAUGCGGGAUAUGCAUAUAGUUGAGAGGUUGCUCGCCGUGGCCGUGGGUACCAAGAACGUUGAUCUGGCCCACGUCCUUGACCGAGCAACCGCUGGAGCCACUAUCGCUUUGGCCAUCAUUUUUAUGAAGACCAACGAUGAAACCCUGGCGCACAAAGUUGACAUUCCAGAUACCACGAUUGGCUUUGAUUAUGUGCGGCCGGACCUCUUUCUCCUCCGCACGCUUGCACGCCAUGUCAUCAUGUGGGACCGUAUUCAGCCCUGCGAUGAAUGGUUUGUACAAAGUCUCCCAGAAGUCUACCGUCGCCGCUAUCGUCUAACCGGUGUGCGUCGGCUAAAAAGUAACGACAUGCCAUUCUUUAACAUCAUUGCUGGUCUCUGUUUCGCGCUUGGGCUUCGAUACUCUGGCUCGGCUAAUCCAAGAGUACGAGAUAUUCUUCUCUUCUAUCUGGAUCAAUUUAUCCGAAUAUCUCGACUCCCCGCUGCCAGCUAUGACGGCAAAUUGACGCGAAACUCUGUUCGCCACUGCCAGGAUGUCCUGGCAUUGUCUGCGGCAGCUGUCGUCGCAGGAACAGGAGACUUAGCUCUAUUCCGGCGUCUGCGCUCACUCCAUGGCCGCGUAGAUCCCGAUACGCCAUAUGGAAGCCAUAUGGCCGCCCACAUGGCUAUUGGGAUGUUGUUCUUGGGCGGUGGCAGUUAUACCCUCGGCACCUCCAACCUUGCAGUCGCGUCUUUGAUCUGCUCACUCUAUCCCAUCUUCCCAACGACCGUGCUCGAUAACAAAUGCCACUUGCAAGCGUUCCGGCACUUGUGGGUUCUCGCUGCCGAACCUCGCUGUUUAGUCCCCCGUGAUCUUGACUCCAGACGACCAGUAUCAAUCCCGAUUAGUAUAACGAGCUCCAGUGGUGACAGUCGCAUACUGACCGCACCUUGCCUAUUACCUGACUUGGGUUUGAUAACGAAGGUCGAAGUCCGCAGCCCAGACUACUGGCCGCUGGUUUUGGAUUUCGCCAGCAAUUCCGACGUGCGCGAGAAGUUCCAACAGGGCGACCAGUCCAUAUACCUACGACGAAAAGCAACCUAUAAUCCAACGGGCACCUCAGUAUUUGGCUCCACGUUGGCCGGAUUGAGCGGUGCGCAAGACAUCCUCCCGUCGUCAUCGACAUUGGCCUCCAACCAGGGCAAGGGUCUAUCCCCAUCAGCUCUACCAAACGUCUCAGCAUUGCUCUCAAACAAUUCUCACAGGUUCACACCAAAACCGGCGGCACAGAGCAUCUGGGACUGGAUAUUCCAACUGCAAUCCUUACACGGUCUUCUCGACGCCCGGGAGAAGGAACUUGUCCUCCCAUCUUCCUUCCCAACACGGCCGCGCCCGUCACCCACACCACACGACGCACCGUGGCUUCGUCAAUCCGCAGUUGACAGUAAACUCCUCACAGAAAGUACUGUGCAAAACGUCAUCCAGGCAGCAAAAGGCCGCGGCGCAAACCCAGACGAAGUGCGCGACCGCCUCUGGCAGCUCCAGCUACUUUUCAGCUGGAUCGAUGCCGGUUCUUUCCCAUCGGAAAGCUACGAAGAGCAGCAAGAGAGGGAGAUAUCUGUGCCGUCCCGUGGUCUCUGGCUGCGGAAGGAUUAUGUUGAAGAAUUGCGAUGGAAGAUCUGGGGUGUCCAGACUGGCGAUCAUGGUGGACCUGAAAGCCCCCAAAGCGAUAAAUAA